UCGUUUGCAUUAAAUAGAAAAUAAUAAAAAUUUCUUUAAAAAGGUAAAAAACCAUUUUAGUGUCUAUUUCCUAUAGAUGGCACAAUUGUCUCAUCUUCUGUACUUCCAAAUGCAACACAAUUGGUAUCUUACUUGAAUCGAGUAGUCAUUGGCAUAAGAAUAUAGCCUAAAACAGUUUUUUCUAACGACUGGACUGUAAAUUUAUUUACUUGAUGUAUUAACAGCUUUAUAUAGACAUAUUUCACACGGAAUUUGAUAUAGCCAUUUUCAUCUGGUGUCAUUACAAUGGCCGAUUCCAGUGAUUUGGAUCGGCAAAUUGAACAACUUAAGAAAUGUGAAAUCAUAAAGGAAGCAGAAGUAAAAGCUUUAUGUGCAAAGGCUCGUGAAAUUCUUAUAGAAGAAAGUAAUGUACAACGAGUUGAUUCUCCAGUGACAGUAUGUGGAGAUAUUCAUGGUCAAUUCUAUGAUCUGAAAGAAUUAUUUAAAGUAGGUGGUGAUGUUCCAGAAACUAAUUAUCUUUUCAUGGGAGAUUUUGUUGAUAGAGGAUUCUAUAGUGUCGAAACAUUCCUUCUUCUCCUUGCAUUAAAAGUACGUUAUCCUGAUAGGAUUACAUUAAUAAGAGGGAAUCAUGAAUCAAGGCAAAUUACUCAAGUAUAUGGAUUUUAUGAUGAAUGUUUACGUAAAUAUGGUAGUAUUACAGUAUGGCGAUAUUGUACUGAAAUUUUUGAUUAUUUAUCGCUGUCGGCAAUUAUAGAUGGUAAAAUAUUUUGUGUUCAUGGUGGUUUGUCUCCUAGCAUUCAAACUCUUGAUCAAAUUCGCACUAUAGAUAGAAAACAAGAAGUUCCUCAUGAUGGUCCAAUGUGUGAUCUAUUAUGGUCUGACCCAGAAGAUACUCAAGGUUGGGGAGUCUCACCCCGUGGAGCAGGAUACUUAUUUGGUAGUGAUGUUGUAGCUCAGUUUAAUUCUGCUAAUGAUAUUGAUAUGAUAUGUAGAGCACAUCAGUUGGUAAUGGAAGGUUAUAAAUGGCAUUUCAAUGAAACUGUUCUCACAGUAUGGUCUGCUCCAAAUUAUUGUUAUAGGUGUGGUAAUGUGGCGGCUAUAUUGGAAUUAAACGAACACUUACAAAGGGAUUUUACGAUCUUUGAAGCAGCACCACAAGAAAGUCGAGGAAUACCUAGCAAGAAACCACAAGCAGAUUACUUUUUGUGAAUUGAAUAUUAUGAAAUUCAAACCUGCAUGUUAUCAUUCUAAAAUCACUGACAUAGGAUCUUUAAGUUUUUCAUAGGUAAUAUGUGUGUGUUCAUGUUAUGACACCACAAGUAUUUCCAAUUUAUACGAAAUCAUCAAAUUUAUUUUUAGUAUAUUUUUAUGGCUAUAUAUAUAAAUCGACAAUUAUAUUUAUUAUUGAAUACUGGACAAAAUUAUUUGCCAAAAAGAUUACGUAGAAAUGACAACAUAUGUUUAAUAUGAAAGAAUACUAGCACUCACGAUAAAAUAAUCGUGCUUUACUUCGUUAUUUUGCAUCUAUAAAGUCUUCAAAAACUUUUUUGUAAACUCUAAUAUCGAAAGAAAAGUACAUUGAAGUUUCCACUACAUUUUUUUCAAAAAAGAAAAAAAGAAAAAAAAAGAAAGAGACAUUAAAAAAGCCAUACAAAACUUAAUUCUGUAUCCGUAUAAAGAUUAUAUUUCUUAAUUAGUUUUUCUGUAUCUUUCCAAUUUUUGCAUUCUUUUAUGUAUAUCAUUUGUUGAUACGUAAUUUUUUCUGGAUGUACAUGUCAAAGGAAGUAAAAUACAAGUUAAACGCUUAAAUUCAUUAAAUACAUUUAUUGAAAUAAAGCGUAAUCUUUAGUCUUAAUAGAACUGACCGUGAAUCUAGCAAAACAACAAUUUAUUGCAUAAAGUAAUUAAAUGAUUCAUUUUAUAUUUACGUUAUUUCUGUAAAUUGUAAAUCUUUCAUCGAUCUUUAAAUAACAGAAGUCAAACGCUAUUUGUCAUACGUGUUUUUGUAAUAAAUAUGCAUAAAUAUCAAAUUCCGUAUAAUCAUGAGUUAUAUCGUUGAUUAAUUUUAUUUUUUACCAAGACUGUUAAUAUAAACGGUACGAUACGAUAAAAAAAUGAAAGAAAUUGAAAAAUGUUAAGAAAUGUAUGAAAUUUACGUAUAUUAGGAUUAAAUGUUUUAUUUAAUAAAGCCGUUUAUAGACGGAUACAUUAAAUCUGUUUUAUUUUAUGCAUGUAAAAAUUAAAAAUUCACGCGCUUUGUCCUACGUAUAAUUUAAUUAUUUGUUUUAAUUUUCAAGUUUCAUUUUCUACCUCCUUUUAAUACUGAUACAUUGUAUGUUGUUAUAUUAAAUGUUUUUUUAGUUACUUUUGAUUUAGUGAAUUCAAUAAAAGUCGAGAAUUACAUAUUUAUAUUAUUCGACGUGAUUUGAAUAUAAUCAUGUAAUUUGAACAUGCAUAUGAAAAAAAGAAAAUUAAGUUAUCAUAUACAUCUAUAUACACUUGUUAAAUUACACAUAAAGGAUAAUAAUUGAUUUUAAUAUAGUCGCAUAUCCCUAGAAUUACUUCCUUCUCCGAUUUACUUUCAUCCAACAACUUUUUACUAUUUUUGAUCUUUAUUUAUUUAAUUCGAAUAUAUUAGAUGAAUAUUACAUGCACGAUGUUUCACACUGUUAUUUAUUUAUAAAAAAAUUUAUUGGAAUGAUUUGGAAAUAAAUUCAAGUACAUUAUUUUAAUAUGUAAAAUUAUAUGAUAUUGUCGCAUAAUAAGAACAUAUAUUUUCUAAUAUACAGCUUAUUCCAGUAUAUCAAUUGCACGAAUUUCAUGCGAUGCAAGUCGUGGUAUAAUUGUAUUUAAGAAAUAUUUGCGAAAUUGACACCCGUAGAAAUCUCUUGUCGGGUUUUCUUUGUCUUCAUCUUAUGUUUAUAUAUAUUGCAUUUUAAUUACUUAAUUGGAUAGGUUGGAUUUAUAAACUUUUCAUUUGAAUGAUUUUGUACUCUAAUAUAUAUCGUAUUUAUAACAUUUUUUGAAUCCUAUAUACUGAAAUAUUGUAAUUAUUAUUAAAUCUUCAUGACUCAAAAA